AUGACUACCCCAAAGAACAAUUUCAAGUGGAACUGUGCCACGCCCUGCUUUGUGUCGAAAAGCAGGCAUCUUGCGACUUCUAUCUAUGGAUCAGAAGAUAUAGAUGAAAGGAGGUCAACAGGACUACCCGAUGCAGACUAUAGUGCAGCCUUCGAAACCACGGAGGUUAGGAGAUGCUUUGGAAAGAUAUACGAGGCACAUAGCCAAGUCAUUAAGAACAAAAGAGGAAAAUUUCCAACUACAUGGGUAUAUCCAGACUAUACAGGUUGCGGCGGGACUGCAACUUCCCCAGGGCUUUUCACAUUACCCAUGGCAUGGAACAGCGACACGAUAGACAGUGGGGAUCAAAGGCAAGGCAACCGCCGAACUUUUAGCACAAGAGACAACUCGUCUACAACACCGUCCGUCCAAGAAAAAGCUAUGUUUGAGGCUAUAUCAGAAGUCGAACGUUUUGAGAAAUCCAGUCCAACUAUGGCUACUAGAGAGCCCCAAGCCAUACCCUCCACAACCUGGGCAGGCCUUGAUGAAGAAGUCUGUCCAAAUCGCGCCCGAAAACGUAUCAGUAGAAACAUGAGGAUGCGACUGGACAGGAAAGCUGCAGCUCAGAUCUUGGUAUCUGAACACACAUCACAAAAAGAAGACAUAUGUUUGCAAGUGGGGAUAUGUUCCCAUGUUUCACAUUCCAACAAGCCCCUGGCAAGUAUUGAGGAAAUGUCUCGUGAAUAG